AUGCCCCAGAAAAAGAAGAAUCCUGGACCGUCCCAGCCAAAGGAGAAAAGACCACCGCUCACACACUUCCUCUGUCUACCACUGGUGAACUCGAUCUCCCUCCCUCAAUUCGAGUCCUCGUUCGCAGCGUUCAAAGACGCCAUUCCUCCCACACGUCCAGAUCAAACCGCCCCUUGGCAGGAACCACGACCUCUGAUUCCCCAUGGCGCUGUUCGUCCUAUCGGCACUCUCCAUCUGACGUUGGGGGUGAUGAGUCUUGCCAGUCAGGAGCGACUCGACGGUGCGAUCCGAUUCCUGCAGUCGCUCGAUCUGGUCUCCUUAAUGCGCGAAGCGGAGUCAAUUGCUCGCUCAUGCACGAAGGGAAAACCAACGUCCCCCCUGGUCCAAGCUGGGCAGCAGGAUGAACCCGCUCCGGAUCCGUUCACAAUCUCCCUGGAGUCCCUACAUGCUCUUCCUCGGGCACGGUCCGCGACUGUGCUGCAUGCGGCGCCUGUCGACUCGACGUCUCGGCUGUAUCCAUUCUGCGAGAUACUUCGAGAUAAGUUCGCGGAAGCUGGCUUCCUGAAGAUUGAAUAUAAAAAGGACCCCCCCCCGGAACCUACUACGUAUACCCAAGCAAGCACAACCAUCCCUGAAGACACCGCACAACCAAUACCCCGGUCCGGAACCACAGCACCGCCUAACAAGCCGAAGCACCGACCUCUUCUGUUGCAUGCCACGGUGGUCAAUACAAUCUACAUCAAAGGGCGAUCUCGGGGAGGUGGUGCAAGCGGCUCGCAUCGCAAGAAUCAGUACUCGUUUGACGCGCGGGACAUGCUUACCCACUUCAGGGAUUACUAUGUCGACAGUGCCAGGACGAUGCCACGAUCACCUGCCAUCGCUGUACCCGCCGACGACAGCGAUAGUAGCGAAGACAGAUCCGAGAAAGAGUACAGCUUCCCCGACAACAGCGCCAGUUCUGAAAACCCAUUCAUUUGGGCUAAGGGUUUUCCCCUCGAAUCUGUUUGCAUCUGCGAGAUGGGCGCCAAAAAACUCGAACCGGAAGCUGCUGACGAGGAUGGGCUCAAUGCUCGCCUGCAGGAGAAGUAUAGAGUAGUUGCAACGCGGAGGUUGGAUUUUCAACCUCUUUGUAUUCCACCAGUUUGA